AUGGCGGUGGGAACACGCAAACGAGUCGUUGUUGUCGGCCUGGGUAUGGUCGGCAUCAGCUUCAUAGAGAAACUCCUGAAGCUCGACGCAAGGGCUCGGGAAUAUGACAUCACAGUGGUCGGCGAGGAGAAGCAUGUGGCCUACAACCGUGUGGGUUUGACAACAUUCUUCGAGCACCGCAAGGUCGAGAAGUUGUACCUCAACCCCUUAGAAUGGUACGAAAGCAUUAUGGACGGGGCCUUGAACUACCACGUCAACACGACAGUCACCAAAAUUGACUCCUUCCGAAAAACCAUUAACUGCGCCGACGGCAAAGAAAUACAAUACGACAUCCUCGUCCUCGCCACCGGCUCCGACGCCAUCCUCCCGCGCGCCAUCCCCAACCACGAUGCCACCGGUGUCUUCGUCUACCGCACCGUUGACGACCUUGAGAAGCUCAUUGCUUUCUCUGCAAAUCAGAACGGCGCCGUUGGUGCUGUCGUCGGCGGCGGCCUGCUGGGUCUCGAAGCAGCCAAGGCUCUGAUGGAUCUACAAUGUUACAACAACGUCAAGGUCAUCGAGCGUGGUGGCUGGGUUCUCAGCCGCCAGUUAGACUCCGUCGCCGGCGCCAUGGUAGCUGACCAGGUCCGAGGCCUCGGCGUCGACGUUUUGCUUAACAAAGCCGUUGCCGGGAUACAAGUCGACGAGCAACGUAACGUCACAGGAGUCAGCUUUGAAGACGGCGAUUCAUUUGCUUGCUCCACGAUAUGCUUUGCUAUCGGUGUCCGGCCACGGGACGAGUUGGCGCGGCAAGCAGGGCUCAACUGCGCGGCCCGUGGCGGGAUCAUGGUCGACAACAACCUCAGGACCAGCGAUCCAAAUAUUUACGCCAUUGGCGAGUGCGCAAGCUGGGAGGGCCAGGUGUUCGGCCUGAUUGCCCCUGGCGUGGAAAUGGCGGAUAUCUUAUCCUUCAACCUCACACAGGCAGCGCUCCACCAACCGAGGCUGUACAAGCGGCCGGACCUUAGCACCAAGUUAAAGUUGUUGGGAGUCGAGGUGGCCAGUUUUGGUGACUACUUUGCGGACAUUGAGGGCCCCAAGUAUCUGCCAGCAAAAGCGAAGAAGACCAACGGGGUGAAUGGUGCCAACGGUCAUGGUUCCAACGGCGUCAACGGUGCCAACGGCACUAAGGAGGCCGCCGCGCCUUCAAGCCUUGUCAAGGCCCUGACGUACAAGGACCCCUUCCAGAAUGUGUACAAGAAGUACAUUUUCACCAUGGACGGGAAGUACCUGCUCGGCGGCAUGAUGAUUGGUGACACCAAAGACUACGUCAAGCUCGUGCCCUUGGUUAAGAACCAGAAGGAGCUCGAUAUCCCCCCGGCGGAGCUCAUCCUCGGUGCCAAGAGCGAAGGUGAUGAUGGCGACGACCUCGACGAUGACACUCAAAUAUGCAGCUGCCACAACGUCACCAAGGGCGACGUCGUCAAGGUCGUCAAGGACGGUACCUGCAAGUCCGUCGGCGACGUCAAGUCUUGCACCAAGGCCGGCACCGGUUGUGGGGGGUGCGUUCCUUUGGUGACCGCCAUUUUCAACAAGACCAUGAAGGAUAUGGGCAAUGAGGUCAAGAAUAACCUCUGCCCUCACUUCAACCACAGCCGCGCCGACCUGUACAACAUCAUCAUGGUCAAGCGCCUCAAGUCGCUACCAGAAGUCAUGAAAGAGGCAGGUACUGACCCCAACAGUCUCGGCUGCGAAGUCUGCAAACCUACUCUAGGUAGCAUCUUCGCCAGUUUGUGGAACAAGCACGUUAUGGGCAAAACGCACCAUGGGUUGCAGGAGACCAAUGAUCAGUUUUUGGGCAACAUUCAACGCAACGGCACAUACAGUGUCGUGCCUAGGAUGGCGGGCGGCGAGAUUACGCCAGACAAACUUCUUGCCAUUGCUCAAGUGGCUAAGGAGUACAACCUGUACACCAAGAUCACCGGCGGUCAGCGCAUCGACAUGUUUGGUGCCAAGAAGCAGGACCUGCUUGACAUCUGGAAGAAGCUCGUCGACGCCGGUAUGGAGAGCGGCCACGCUUAUGCCAAGGCGCUGCGGACAGUCAAGAGUUGCGUGGGGACAACCUGGUGCCGAUACGGCGUCGGCGACAGUGUGGGUAUGGCCGUUCGCUUGGAGGAGCGGUACAAGAGCAUCCGCGCGCCGCACAAGAUCAAGGGUGGCGUCAGUGGUUGUGUGCGGGAGUGUGCGGAAGCCCAGAACAAGGACUUCGGCCUAAUCGCCACAGAGAAGGGCUUCAACAUCUUCGUGGCCGGUAACGGCGGCGCCAAACCCAGACACUCUGAGCUUCUUGCCAAAGACGUGCCGCCAACCGAGGUCAUUCCCAUCCUCGACCGCUACCUGAUGUUCUACAUCCGCACAGCCGACAAGCUCCAGCGCACCGCCCGCUGGUUGGAAGCCCUCCCCGGCGGCAUCGCCUACCUCAGAAAAGUCGUCCUCGAGGACUCACUCGGCAUCAACGCCUCACUCGAAGCGCAAAUGCAAGAGCUCGUCGACAGCUACUUCGACGAGUGGGCCGAAGCCAUCAGCACGCCCUCCAUCGCCGCCAAAUUCCGCCAGUUCGCCAACACUUCCGAAACCCUCGAGAACAUGGAACUCGAAACCGACCGCCUCCAAACCCGCCCCGUCAUGUGGACCAAGCAGCCCGCGACCGACGACUUCGCCUCGCUCCGCGAAAACUGGUCCACCACCGUCUGGCAACCCGUCCUCGAAGCGUCCUACUUCCGCGGCGCCGACACCCUGCCCAACGGCAUCAGCGCGGCCAUCAAGCGCGGCGACACGCAGCUCGCCGUGUGGCGCUUCAAGGGUCGCUACUACGCGACGCAGCAGAUGUGCCCCUACAAGCGGGCCUUCAUCCUCUCCGACUCCAUCAUCGGCGAAGAAAACACCCCCUCCUCCACCCCCUACAUCUCUUCCCCACAACACAAAAAGAACUACUGCCUCACGACCGGUGCCUGCCUCAACGACGCCGACCUGUCCAUCGCGACGUUUGAGGUGGAAGAGCGCGGCGCCGACGGCAUGGUGUACAUGAAGCUGCCUCCCGUCGAGGAGCUGGACGCGGCGCUGGGGACGAAGCGGUGGAUGGUGAAGAAGGGGGAGGCGGGGCCGGGCCAGUUUGAUGAGGUGGAUAAGAAGAUUGGGUUUGUGGGGCAGAGGGCCAAGAGGCCGGGUGUGAAGGCCAUGGUGAACGGGGAGUUGGGGAUGAGGAAGGGGAUGGAGCUGAUGAUGGGUGGGGGUGAUCCUGGUGCUGUGUGCGGGGGCGCGCCGGCGUGGUGA